AUGAGAGUCGCCGAGUUCUUGUCGGACCUCACGUCUCUGCAAGUUUGCGUACGUUGGCUCCAUCCACUCCUUCUACGAUUCCGCUGUUGACACGCGUAGGAACCCAUUGCUGCCCUUGCUCUUGUCUCUGCGAGACCCGACAAACCAUCAGAGACCAAUGGAACUACGCAGAAUUCUGGCAAUGACGAGGAUGACCCAGAUCUGAAGCGUGCGAAAGAUCUGUUGGACCUGCACGGAAGCGUGAAGCUCGCCCACCAGGAUGGAACCGAUAAGGAGCUCAACGAGGCCCGAGACGCCGUGGCCAAAGUACUGCGCACGCUAUAG